GCUGGUGGACGCGAAUCGGUGGGUUUCGAUUUUUCGAUAUUAAUUGAUUCGGUGCCGUUUUAUUCAGCUCGAGCUGAGUGUUGGUGAUAAUUGAGUGCCCAAAGGGUGAACAAAAGCUCAAAUAAAUUGACAAACUUCCAGGAUCGAAGAGAAACGUCUGCAAUGUGCCAUAUAUAAUCGCUGUCUCAGAGCCAAGACCUCCAAGAAUGGAGUCCAGCAGCAGUGUCGUGGCGGAGAUGGAGACCUCCAGUCCAAAUGAUCACGGCCAGCCCACCCAGAUCACCUCCAUCGAUGGCUUCUUCAAUCGGAAGCGGGGUCGUCCGCCAAAGAAUCGCUUUGUGGAGGUCUACAAGAGCGCCCAGCACUCGCCGCAGGCCAUCUUCACCAGCUUCAAGCUGGAGAGGAGCGAUCACCCCGGCCACGGAGCACCUGGUUCCGGUGGGUCAGCGGCGGAGAGUGCCGAGGAUCGUCUGUCCCUGGGGGAUCACGUCGGAUCGGCCACCGAUCUCACACCUAGUCGGAACCGGAAACGAGGUCGUGUUUGGGCCCCCUCGUCAUCCUCUUUAGUUUUGGAGCAGCCAAGCAAGAAGAGCUCCAUUUAUCCGCCCCAUUUGGCAGCCAGGAGUGAGACCCUGUCUCGGAGUAGCCACAAUGAGUCUUUACCACAGCCCACUACCCAGCCUUCAGAAACUUUAGAAACACUAACGUCAAAGAACCUUUCGUGCAGAGCUCUGGAUAAAGUUUCAGUUGUUCGUGCGGCUGGAACUUUUUAUCCGGAGAAUGCUGGGCAUCAGGAAAUGCCGGAGGCGGGGGCCUCGAGGCAUAUGAGUGGCCAGGAGUCGGCGGACCAGGAGGUGGACCAGCCGGAGGAUCUGAGCAUGCGUCCAUCUCUUCUGCCUCAAGAGGCAACGGCCACACCGGCGGGAGUGGGACCAGCUCUGAAUAUGAAUCUGCUGCAGUUCAAGCAGCUGAUCGAUUUGUACCAGCGACAGGUACUGUUGCCCAGCUUCCUGGCGGCAGCCAGUCAACCCAUGGCCACCGGGUUACCUGGAUCGGGAUCUGGGGCAGUACCAGGACCCCUUCUAGAUAUGCGUCUUCUGCUGGAGAAUGCCGCCCACCAAAAGCUGCUCCUCUUGAAUGCAGCUGCCAGUGCAACGGCAACUGCAGUGGCAACUUCAUCGCUGGAUCCCAGUGGCCAGCGGACUCCGGUGAAGAGGGUACGGGAUCACGACAUACCCACUGGCUACCUGAAGUUUCGUUUCAACGAGGACUGCGGCUUCGAGCGCUGUGGCUACCGGAACCACCAGUCGCAUUUCCACUGCAACCGGCGGGACUGUCACUACAGUUUCUGCGACAAAACGCGGUUUGUGCAACAUACGGCGCGCCACGAGCGGAUGGACACCCUAAUGGGCGACGACUUCCGGCAGUUCCGGGCCAACAUGCAAUGCGGGGUGGCCACCUGUUCGUACUCCGCUCCGGCCACAGGAGCUACAGAGUCACCCCACCCAAACCGGAUAGAUGCAACAGAGGCGGGUUCGACGGGAUCUAGGAAGACCUCGCACUUCCACUGUCGCAAGUGCGACUACGUCUGCACGGACUCCAACAAGGUGGUGGCCCACCGGCGACUGCACCUUCGCCAGGACUACGUGCGGAGUGCGGGAUUCCGCAAGGUGGGUGGGAACGAGCCGUGCGAUUCUCCGGGUUGCUCCUACGCCCAGCGGCACACGCACUACCACUGCGACACCUGCGACGGCGGAGUCCUCUCGCGGGCCCAACUGGCAGCCCACAAACACCGGACAGCAUUUCCCAAACCGGAUGCGGCUACCACUCCCUAGAAUACCAUAUGAAAGUACCCAGACCCUAGGAUAUCCGUCAUCUUAUUCGAAAACAAUAAACUAUUACAAA